GUCAAUGCAUAAAUCGAAGUGAUGAUUCAAAUUAGGGCAAGUAGAAUGAUACUUCCUGCACUUGCAGUGACGCUGAUUUCUCUAGCUCAUGGUUCUUGUGCAUUUCAUUCAGCAACUUCACCGAUUCGAAAUGGUUAUCGCGAUCUUGAUCGGUUUCCGACGACCGCGAAGAACUCACCGGUUUUCCUUUUUACGGCAGUCGAUGACAAYACUCUUGCCGUCGAAGAAAAAUCUUCUAAUGURGAUAGCAAAGAAGAUGAUGUUGUGCAGAUGAAGGCCUUGAGACCUUCAUCUUCUUCGUCAGCGAAAAGCAAUGGUGACGAACAAGACAGCGUACCUUCGGGGGAGACGAAUGCUGCCGCCMAGAUAUUCAUGAUAACACGAGAAAUGAAACGAACGAUGGUGGAAGAACUCGGAUACAAACGUAAAGAAGUCGAUUCCAUUCGAGUAGAACUAGCUGCCAAUAUUAUCGAAAAUCGUAUCCGAUGCCCCUCAGAAGGAAUGCCGUCUGACUGGAUUGAUCGGGAACGAGAAUCCAUGAACAAGAGUAUCGAGGAAAAUGAUUCUAAUUCAAGCAUGAUGGAGAGGCUAGAGAGCGAGAGCAAAUAUCCACUAAAGUUCCCGUUGCUGGCAGUUAGUCUUAUCCUGUUUGGUAARGGCUUUUCGGAUGCUAUGAUUACAUUAAUMAAAGUAAGUAUUGAUUUCCCUGGGGCUUCUUUAACGGAACAAUUUCAAGGCAUUCCAGUUUUGGCUAUCGACACCGUCUGCGCAAUAGUUGGCGCAAGUUUGGGAUUGUGGACAUGGAAGACAAUGAAAUAGACACCGUCCUAUUAUUUUGUGUUUAUGAAAAAACUAUAUUAUUCUCUACAAUAAUAUCGAUACAUGUUGUAGUUAGUGUAGUAUAUUUUUUCGUUCAACAAUCAUUGGCCACCGUAAUUUUACCGUGACUUUUUAAGUUUCUAACAAUGAACCUCAAUUUAUAAUGAUUCUGCAUUGGAUUCUAUGAACAUAUAUUUAUUUUAUUGAAGUACUAUUUUUAACAAAUACUUCCAUCUCGCGAACCGAUWGUGGGUUAUUCUCCUCCUAAAAUGACAAGAGUCCCAGGCGCUGUCGUCGAUCUCUACCUGCUGCGCCGCCGAAUUGUUCCGAUGCCGAGAUUCGAUUCCUUCCAAUUCUUGAUACCUGCGAACACUGGUACAAACCAGGUUGUCGCUGUCUGCACUCUAGACCCGCCCGGCAAUUACAUUGAUCUUCCAAGGUUGGAUCGCAAGGUUUACCGGCACAUUUUUGGGGCGGCUCCUCAGGUUCCUCGGGGUUACUGACGUCACGACACUCCCAGACAGGAUCGGGAGUCUCUUGACCGGGACAGUUGCAUUGUUCACCAGUAUCCCCAACGAAACAUGAUGCUUCUUGAGAACCAGCGGGAAUAAAAUCACUGCAAGGAUUGCCAUUCACAAUCUGAUUCGCUGGUGGACAAUUUUCAGAGUCGGUAUUGUCGGACGUAGUGGGGGCAGGAGUAACUUCGUUGUCCGGCACAUCCGCGGAUGUCGGCAUCAUGCUGUCGGUAGGAGCAGCGACCGGAGCAGCGACCGGAGUAGCGACCGGAGUAGCGACUGGAGAAGCGACGGGGUCGGUCUCUUCGUCCAGAUCAUCUGCGACGUUGCGGCAUUCCCAGACAGGAUCGGGAGUCUCUUGACCAGGACAGUUGCAUUGUUCUCCAGUAUCACCAACGAAACAUGAUGCUUCUUGGGAGCCAGCGGGAAUAAAAUCACCGCAAGGAUCGCCAUCCACAAUCUGAUCCGCCGMCGGACAAUUUUCAGAGCCGCCACCGUCUGUAGGGGUAUCCAUUUUGUCGUCUUURUCAUCUGGUUGUCCAGGUUGGGCGUCAGAGACAACAAGUAACGCCAAUAAGCAGAUGAAGGGGAUAAASUGAAUMUUCAUCCUAAGUUUUCGAUCAUUAGAAUCGUAKAAAAUGAAUGCAAUAAUAUAUUUGUGAGCAAGAAACGGCGGCUAUCUUUAUGGCACCUUCGCCCUUGUUUGCGAAUAAAGUAURKUUGUAGCG